AUGUCGAGGUCAGUGAGCACCCUUAAACGUACAAAGAAGAAACAAAAAACCCCAGAUAAGAUGCCAAAAUGUGAACAAGAAAGUGACGUCGACAUAUUGACAGAUGAAUAUGAAAGUGAUAUUGAAUUUCAAAACAUCAUACCUUUUUCUGAUUCGUCGAGCUCCGAUUGCAGUGAUACAGAUAUUGAUGAGGAGCAGGGAGUGCCACUAAAAUGGACAAAACUUUUGAAACACCAUGGAAAUGUAGAGUUCACUGGCCCUCCUUCUGGUGCUACAGAAGACUAUUCGGAUAGACAGCGAAAACUGAAGAACGAUCCUUAUUGGUCAGAUGCAAAAUACAAAGUCAUCACAGAAGAAGACAUUAAAGCAUAUUUCGGCAUUAGGAUACUUAUGGGUAUAAACAAGCUGCCACAACUUCUGGAUUAUUGGUCAACAAAUCCCUCUAUGAGGAAUGAACGAAUUGCAUCAACUAUGUCACGACAGAAGUUUCUCACAAUACAGAGGUACUUUCACAUAAACGAUCCAACGCAAGACCCAACUAGAUUGAAAGACCAUGAUGUUGCUAAGAAAAAACUUGAAAGAGAUCCUUUGUUCAAAGUGUCUCCACUUAUGGAAGCUAUGAGAGAAAACAGCAUGACUAAAUACAACAUGCAUCAAAACAUAUCUGUUGAUGAGGCAAUGAUUAAAUGUCACGGUCAACAUUCGAGCAUCGUUGGUGCUCCAAACAAGCCAGCUAAAAGAGGAUUCAAAAUUUUUGUCUGUGCUGAUGCCGUCUCGGGAUAUCUCUGGAAUUUCCAGGUGUACCUACGUUGA